AUUCAGACGAUCACUGACCAAAAGUGUAUAAUACAAUCAACGAACAUCAUCUUUCUUCCAACACUCAUCAUUAUCGACCACAAGCAAUGGCCAACAAGGUACACCAAGCGACAGAUGAAGUCGUGGAAGGCGUCGAAUCGGGUUUGCACUGUCUCCACGGCGCCGGUGAAGCCAUCCGUGGGACCGCGAUGGAAGCGAUUGACAAGAUAUUCCACAGCCACGAGGGCGAAUUGAAGAACAGAGAAAUAGCCGACAAGGGCAUCGCAGAGAUGCAAGUUGCUAGAGAGGAACUUGGAGACCUGCCUCGCCAUCACCGCCGGGUGGGAAGUGGUGCAGGAAGCCAUUUCGCCGAGUCUCACGCCAGAGAGCUGCCUCUAGAGACGAGUAAUCGUAUUGGAUCGGAGGGGGAGGAAGACUUGAGAGCGGCGAUGCAGGAGAGGAGGUCCUAAUGGCUAUCAGAGACGAAUGGGAGAUUUGUUGCGAGGAGUGUAUACAGGCUUGCUAUUCCUCGGAUACUAUUCCAGUUGGUUCGCUCUCUGUGGCGACCGGUGAGAGAAGGUCGGUCGGUCGAUGAGAAAGUGUGUGGUGAUCCUGAAAGCGUCGAAAUCGAGGUUGGUUGUAGGUUGUUGCAAUGCUGUACUUUCCGAAGCGCCCAGGGUCUAUUGAAACCCCCGUGGACAUCGGUGAGUCCUCUGCGAUCGGUUGUUACCAAUUUCCCUGUCAUGGUGAGACCGCCGUCGUCAAUGAAGGAGGACUUGGGGAGGAAGGACAAGCGUGAAUUCUGGGUGAGAAGUGGCUAGAGGUGUAGAUUCUGCCUUUGUUACUGUAGCCUUGCAUCGACAUACAGGCGCAUCUGAUCUGCA